AUGACCGGCCUGUUUUACAAGGGAUAUCGAAAAACUCUCGAAGUUGAAGAUAUGUUCGAGCCUUUACCAGAACACGAAUCCGCAGCGGCCACGGAACGAUUAACCAGGUUUCCUAGUACUACCCUGAGAUUGCAAGCUCAUCCAUUUUCCAUGAAAUUCAAAGUCAUGAUGCGCGAAAGCAAUCUUUCUUUGAGCUAUGUUUGUUUCCGCCAUGUAAGAUUACUUCAGAGCAUGGGAACUAGAACAAGAAAUGGCUACGAAGGACAAUCGACCGCCGAACUUGAUGACUGCUAUUCGAAGGACGUAUUGGAAAGAGAUCGCACAGUAUGGAAUAUUGCUAUUUAUAGAGGUAAUAUCUAG